AGUCAAGCAAUAGCAAUUACAGAGAAUCAAAUCUCAAAAAUGGCUUCAGGUCACGUUGACAAAUGCUGCGUUGUCGGCACCCUUCACGAGGGUGAGGCCACUGGCAAGGACAUCAAAAUCGACGGCACCAUUGACGCCUACCUGGCCACUCCCCCUGCAGACAAGGCUCAAGAGGGCAAAGGCAUCCUCUUCAUUCCUGAUGUCAUUGGCAUCUGGCAGAACAGCAAGCUGCUGGCCGACAACUAUGCCGCCCAGGGAUACACUGUCCUGCUCCCAGACAUCUUCAACGGCGAUGCGCUCAAGCUGAACCGAAGUGGCGAGUUUGACUUUGUGUCCUGGGUCACCAAGGGCUCGACUGGCGACAACCCUCACACCCCCGCUGCCGUCGACCCCAUCAUCAUCAAGGGCAUCAAGGCUCUCCAGGAUCUGGGUAUCAAGCGGAUCGGAGCCGUUGGCUACUGCUUCGGUGCAAAGUACGUGGUCCGUCACUACAAGGACGGCAUUGACGUCGGCUUCGUUGCUCACCCCACCAUGGUGGAAGAGGACGAGCUGGCUGCCAUCACCGGCCCCCUGUCGAUUGCCGCGGCCCAGACGGACAGCAUCUUCCCUACGGAGAAGCGCCACAAGUCGGAGGAGAUUCUCAUCAAGACCGGCCUGCCUUUCCAGAUCAACCUGUACUCGGGCGUUGUGCAUGGAUUUGCCGUCCGCUGCGACACCAGUGUCAAGAUUGAGAAGUUUUCCAAGGAGCAGGCCUUCUUCCAGGCUGUGACUUGGUUCAACGAGCACCUGUAGGGGAUGUGAUGUUGAUGAAGAAAAGAAAAUUGUCGAGGAGUACGUUGCUUUGCCAGCACUCACUGCUGUUUAGUUGUCGUAUAUACAUAUCAUGGAUGAAUUCAACUACGCUGAGGUGCUCUUUGGAGAUGAUGCAUUGAAUCCCGUAUGAAUCUCUGUAAUUGCACUCUCUACUUUGCGCCUUCACCCAUUUUG